GCCCUCCCCCUCCCCAAGGUGUCGGCAGCGGCGGGGACGCGCUCGCUCGUGCCCGCGCUCUCCCCCCCCCCCCCCCCCCCACUCCCCUCCCCGCUCCCCUCGGCUCUCCCCGGCUGCGCUGGUGGCGGCGGCGGCGGCGGCGGCGGCUCGGCCAUGGCGGCCCCGGCGGAGCUGAGCGUGGAGCGGCUGCGGGCGCUGCCCGGCAGCUGGAGUUACGGGAUCAGCCAGGGCGGCCGCGUCUUCUUCAUCAACGAGGAGGCGAAGAGCACGACCUGGCUGCACCCGCUCACCGGAGAGGCCGUGAUCACCGGGCACCGCCGCAGCGCAGACUUACCCACAGGUUGGGAGGAAGCUUAUACUUUUGAAGGUGCAAGAUAUUAUGUAAACCAUAAUGAACGAAAAGUAACCUGCAAACAUCCAGUAACGGGGCAGCCAUCACAAGACAACUGUAUUUUUGUUGUGAAUGAACAGACUGCUGCAGCAAUGACAUCUGAAGAAAAGAAGGAGCGACCAGUAAGCAUGAUAUGUGAAGCAACUAACUAUAAUCUGACAUCAGAUUAUGCUGCUCAUCCAAUGAGCCCUGUGGGCAGAACAUCACGAUCUUCAAAGAAGGUUCAUAAUUUUGGAAAGAGAUCAAACUCAAUAAAGAGAAAUCCUAAUGCACCAGUUGUCAGACGUGGCUGGCUCUACAAACAGGACAGUACUGGAAUGAAGUUAUGGAAGAAACGGUGGUUUGUGCUCUCAGAUCUGUGUCUCUUCUAUUACAGAGAUGAGAAAGAAGAAGGAAUACUAGGUAGCAUACUUCUACCUAGUUUUCAGAUAUCUGUCCUUUCUCCUGAGGACCACAUUAACCGCAAAUAUGCCUUUAAGGCAGCUCAUCCAAACAUGAGGACCUAUUAUUUCUGCACAGAUACAGGGAAGGAAAUGGAGCUGUGGAUGAAAGCCAUGACAGAUGCAGCGCUUGUGCAGACAGAGCCUGUGAAAAGAGUAGAGAAGUUAACCACUGAAAAUACACCAUCUCGAGAGGCAAAUAAUAUUUCAAACCAUCGGGUGCUAAUUAAGCCAGAGGCACAAAAUAACCAGAAAAACAAAGAAGUGAACAAAAAUGAGGAGAAGAAAGCUUUGGAAGCUGAAAAAUAUGGAUUCCAGAAAGUUGGGCAAGAUAAACCAUUGACGAAAAUUAACAGUGUAAAGCUAAAUCCUUUGGGAGCCGAAUACAGGACUUUACCCAUAACCACGAUUCAGGCUGGACACUUCCGACCAGUUCAUUUAAAUGGGUCUGAGAAUAAAGCUGUUGGUGUUGUCCUGGCAGACACUGGAGAUGGAGGUCAGCACAAUGCGGUUCAGUCACAUGUGGAGUCUGAAAGAGUUAUGCAGAGAACUAAUUCAAUGCUGCAGCUGGAACAGUGGAUCAAAAUACAAAGAGGAAAAGGACAAGAAGAGGAAACGAGAGGCAUUAUCUCAUAUCAGACACUACCAAGAAACAUGCCAAGCCAUCGACCUCAAGUUUUACCCCGGUACCCAGAAGGCUACAGAACACUGCCGAGAAACAGCAAAGCACGGCCGGAGAGCCUCUGCAGCGUAACGCCAUCGGCUUACGACAGAGCCAUAGGACCAGUAACAGCCGAAGAAAAACGGAGGUCGAUGCGCGAUGACACAAUGUGGCAGCUCUAUGAAUGGCAGCAACGUCAGUUUUACAAUAAGCAGACAACUCUUACUAGACACAGUACUUUAAGUAGCCCAAAAACUAUGAUGAAUAUUUCUGAUCAGACGAUGCAUUCGAUUCCCACCUCACCCUCUCAUGGUUCAAUUGCUGGUUUCCAAGGAUAUUCCCCACAGCGGACCUACAGAUCAGAAGUGUCUUCACCAGUGCAAAGGGGAGAUGUAACUAUUGAUCGCAGACAUAGAACGCAUCAUACUAAGCAUGUCUUUGUGCCUGACAGAAGGUCAAUGCCAGCAGGUCUGAGUUUACAGCCUGUUACUCCUCAGAGCCUCCAAGGCAAAACACCAGAGGAGCUCACGCUGCUGCUAAUAAAGCUGAGACGGCAGCAAGCUGAACUGAGUAGUAUCCGGGAACACACACUAGCACAGCUCAUGCAACUAAAACUUGAGGCCAGCAGCCCAAAGAAUGAGAUUCUUGCACAUCACCUUCAAAGGAAUGCCAUAUAUUUGGAUCAUCAGAUGAAAGAGAAUGAACCUUUAAUCACCAUGGUUCACACUAUGAUUGAGAACUCGGCGCUAAGACCACAACUGUACCAGCAAUUAACACAAGAAGAAUGUAGGGGUACACUAUACAAAUAUAGAACUGAAGAGCUGGAUAUUGACGCUAAGCUUAGCCGUUUAUGUGAACAAGAUAAAGCUGUACAAGCACUGGAAGAGAAGCUUCAACAGCUACACAAGGAGAAAUACACGCUUGAGCAAGCUUUGCUAUCAGCAAGUCAGGAGAUAGAAAUGAAUGCAGAUAAUCCCGCGGCCAUACAAAAUGUAGUCUUACAGAGAGACGACUUGCAGAACGGACUACUUAGCACUUGUCGAGAAGUAUCGCGAGCUACUGCAGAACUGGAAAGAGCUUGGAGAGAAUAUGAUAAAUUGGAGUAUGAUGUAACUGUAACAAGGAAUCAUAUGCAGGAUCAGCUCGAUCGGCUUGGAGAAAUUCAGACCGAGUCAGCAGGGAUACAGCGUGCUCAGAUUCAGAAGGAACUGUGGAGAAUUCAAGAUGUCAUGGAGGGUUUAAGUAAACAUAAACAACAAAGAAGCUCUUCAGAGGCAGGCAUCAUGGGAUCAAGGACAUUUUCAGCUAUUAAAUAUAAAAAUGAGGAAGAGGAAGUAGUCCCACCUCGUCCUCCACUCCCUCGGUCCUAUGACUUUACAGAGCAUCCUCCCAUAAUCCCCCCUCUGCCCAGUGAUAGCAGCUCCUUGCUCUGUUAUAGCAGGGGCCCAGUACAUCUGUCAGAAGAAAAGAAGAUUCACCAAGUUCAAGGAUAUCAGAGAAAUGGAUCUUACUGUGGUCCUGAUUAUAGGCUUUAUAAGAGUGAACCGGAGUUAACUACAGUAGCAGAAGUGGAUGAGUCUAAUGGCGAAGAAAAAACAGAACAAAUUUCAGAAUCAGAAUCUACAGCUAAAGGCUCACAUUUUCCUGUGGGAGUUGUACCACCCAGAACCAAAUCGCCAACGCCAGAGUCUUCAACAAUAGCAUCCUAUGUCACUUUGAGGAAGAAUAAGAAGAUAGAUCUGAGAAUGGAAAGACCAAGAAGUGCAGUGGAGCAGCUGUGUCUUGCAGAAAGCGCACGGCCUCGAAUGACUGUGGAGGAACAGAUGGAAAGAAUAAAGAGACACCAACAAGCUUGCCUGAGAGAGAAGAGAAAAGGACUCAAUAUUAUUGGUGUUUCAGACCAGUCUCCUUCACAGAGUCUGUCGUUUGUCAGAGAUAAUCCAUUCAAAUUGGCACAGAAUCGAAAAAAAGAUGAUACUGUAUCUGGUAACAUGAAGGAAUUAGAGAGCACCAGUAAAGAAUAUAAUUUGAAACAAAAUAAUGAAAAUCCUGGAGAAGAAAUAGCACAACUAAAACAUGAUGGAGAACAAGAGCGUAAUUCAGGUUUUACUAAAGAGCUGACAAAAACUGAUGAUCUUUUAUCAGAUGCACAUGUUGUAUCUGAGUCAAAAGAAGUGAGUAAUGAAGAGAAAGCAGAAAAGGAAAAGAAAAAUAAAUUAGAAGAAACACAUGAUGGUGAUAUAAGCUUGCAGAGUGUGACCACAGUUACAAACCACAAACCCAAAACCAGCCCAGAAGAAAGUGAAGUAGUUAGUGUUCAAGAACAAGGAGGGAUUAUUUCUUCGUUUGAAUUAGCAGCACAGUCUUCAAAAGGAAAUCAGGCAACAGCAGUGAAAAGUUUGCCUUCUUCACCAGAAUCGUCAUUGUCACCAGCUCCAUCUACACAGACACAGCUCGCAGAAGGAUCACAUUUCAUCACUAAUGGCUUCUGUUGAAACAAUUCAUGCCUGAGAUGUAUGGACCUGACCUAUGAAAAUAUGAGAAGAUAUUGUACAGUAUAUUUUAAAUCUAUGAAAUUCAUAGUUCUGAUGCUUUUGGCCACAGAGCAUCAUUUUAUCACUUCCUGGAAAAUGUUUAUUCCAAGAGAGCUUUAAAUGGCCCACAUGUACACUCAACAACCUUUAGAUUGUUCUCCUGAUACCAGCUUGCUGCUAUGAUUUCUGUGCACAUAAAAUAAAGGCUCUUUUUCAUGUGCAGCCUACAGUCAGAACUUUAUUUAAUAGUCUCCCGAAUUUAACAUUCUUUUAAUUGUGGAUCAUAUAAGUUUACUUUCUUGCUUCUUUUAGGUGCAUAACUCAGUUAAUUUUACACAUCACCACUAAACCUUGUUUUCCACCUUUUCAACACUACAAUUUAUUGUUUUAACAUUUUAUUUGUAAAAUUUUUAUAUAUAUAGAUAUAUUUAAAAUGUGCCAUUUUUAUUUUUGCUUAGUAAAAUAUGUCCUGUUUCUGCUGUAAUUAUUUCUCAGUCAGGUUGCAAUGUCAGCAGUUAACGCCACACUUCUGUCAACAUAUACAUUAAUGUUAGUGGUUACUUUAUUUCUUAAAUAAAAUGGAGUGUAGGUA